AUGACGUCAUUCAUGGAAGAUUAUUUUCGAACAGCUUUAAGCAAAGAAUUGGCAAUAGCACCGCCCGAACGUGAUCAUGAACAUUUAUCGUCGACUUCACGAUUGUUGGAAAAACAACGUGAAGUUACAGAAGCUGAAACUUUAUUGGCUAACCAAAAAGAAGAAUUUAAAUUAAAAAUGCAAAGUUUAAAAUUACGUCGUGAAAAAUUAAAUACAAAAGAACAUGAACUACGAGACAGUUUAGCAAACUUUGAAAAAUACAUAAAUGAACUUGAUUCAAAACGAAUGCGAGCACUCAAACGAGCACAAGAUGAACGUGAACUUGCAGCAAUCAAAGAUAAAGAUAUUGAAAAGUUACAAUCGGAAAUCGAUGAUUUAAAACAUAAAAAAGAAGAGUUAUUAGCUCGGAUUGGUAAAUUUGCUAGUCAUAAUAAAUAUCUUGAAAAAACUGUUGAAACAGCAGAUGAAUUUCAAGAAAUUCGAGAAUUAAUUGAUCGUUAUACAACAUUAAAAACAAACAAAGAAUCUUUAUUAGAAAUUCAAAAUCAACGUGAAGACCAAUUAGAGACUUUACGUCGAAAACGAGAAGCAUUUAUACAAAAAACAAAUAAUGAAAUUUUAAUAUUAAAUAAUCGCAUUGGCGAUUUACAACAUGAACUUGAACGAGCUGAAAUUGAAGCAAGACGUGCUGAAAAUGAAUGGAACUUCAUUCAAUCAACUGCUGCUGAAAAAACAUUGCUACUUGGCAAUGUUAUCUUAGCUGUACGUAAUUUACAACAGCUUGUAGUUCGUCAACAGAAGACUGAAAAAGAAGAAGAAGGUCCUGAAGUUGAAGAUCCAAUAAGACGAGUUCGACAACAAUUAGAUAGAGUUCAUAUGUUUAUUCAUGACUUCACAGCAAUUACAAAUGAAAUGAGACGUUUCGAACAAGCGAAAGCAAAGAUCGGUUAA